CAGCACGAUCCCCGUCUCUUGACCCUCCGCGGUGGUGUGGAGCCGACUUCUCCCUUCCAAGCGGCAAAAACAGCCAAACCCCACGCCCUACUAUUCCCUGUAUUCCCUGUCCAAACCCUAACCCCUUUUCCAUCCUCUUCUCUCUGUCACCGCCAGCGUUUCCUCCUUUGAUCUGCAGAGACUGUUGAUUGGCGAAACCUAGUCCAUCGCCGCUCACUGUCGUCCUCCAGGGGCGACGACCUUUUUCUUCAGAACUUGGAGAGAGAAGGCCUUUUCAUUUCGAAUCUGUUCGAUUUGAUGCUUCUCGGAAGAGAAAAUGGAAGAUUGGGAAUCUGAGGAUUUUGAUCCUGCUCUGCCUGCCCACCCUGUUGAAAAACAGAAGGGAUUGUGGGAUGAUGAAGAUAUUGAAGAUGUGAAGGCUUCUUGGGAAGAUGAAGAUGUGCCAACUGCAGAAAAGGCGCCUAAAGCUGAAACAUCAGCUGAAAAGCCAGUUACCAAACCUGGUGGAAAAGGUGCCAGUAGCAAGAAGGGAAAGCCUGCAGGAGAAGCUGAUGAGAAACUUGCGGAUCCUGUUGCAGAAAAGCUCCGGCAACAAAGGCUUGUGGAAGAGGCAGACUACAAGUCCACAACAGAGUUAUUUGCGCGGAAAGGUGAUGAGAAGACUUUAGAUAACUUCAUACCAAAGUCGGAAAAUGACUUCAUGGAAUAUGCAGAGCUCAUCUCACAUAAACUCCGACCAUAUGAGAAAAGCUUUCACUACAUAAACCUACUUAAGAUGGUUAUGCGACUUUCAAUGACGUCCAUGAAAGGAGCGGAGGCAAAGGAGGUUGCUUCUUCCAUAACAGCCAUUGCCAACGAGAAAAUUAAGGCAGAGAAAGAGGCUACGAGCAAGAAGAAGCCAGCCAAGAAGAAGCAGCUCCAUGUCGAUAAGCCUGAUGACGAUAUGGUUGUCGCUGGAUAUAAUGACGUUGAUGAUUACGAUUUUAUGUAACUGUUAUUGCACACCUGGUUCUCGGAAAUUCUUUUUGGUCACCAUGGGAAACCAAAACCCAUGGAAUUGAGUUGUGUUGAGGUUUGUGCAAUAAGGUUGCGGCAGCGAUGCUAUUUAUGUAGAAGGCUUUCAAGUGCAGAGAGUUGGAUGGCCAUUCUUUGGAGUCUCAUGUCUCUUCUGUAGAUCAAUAUGAACAUGGGUGUAUUCCGUCUUUUCCCAGAAUUUGUCCAUGUGUAAGACUUUGAGUUUCCAAGCGACUUUUUCUUCUGGAAUUUGGAAACCCAGGCUA